ACUCUCCAUUCUCCAACUGCACUGUUCAAACAAUCAAAGCCUCUCUCACUCCAUUCUUUUUCCUUCACUCUUAAAAACUCUGCAAAGGACAGAGAAGAGACCAAAGACAUGGCAAUUUCAUUCUCUAUUUCCCAUAUUACCCUUAUAACAUUCUUUUAUUUACUCAUCCUAUCCUCCUCCUCCUCUUCCGCCACCACCACUGCUCUUAACAUAACCUCCAUCCUCUCCUCCUUCCAAAACCUAACCUCCUUUUCCUCCCUCCUCUGCUCCACGUCAGUUGCCUCUGACCUCACGCGACGUGACCCGAUUACUUUGCUCGCCGUCCCAAACUCAUACCUGUCCAUUUCUCCUUCCUCAGACCUCACGCGCCGCCUCCCACCGUCCUCACUCGGUGACAUUCUCCGCUACCACAUCCUCCUACAAUACUUCUCUUGGACCGACCUCCUCAAGAUCCCUCCUUCAGGCGUCCUCGUAACCACACUUCUCCAAACAACAGGCAGAGCCCAUUCCAACUUCGGCGCCGUUAACAUCACUCGUAACCCUUUAACUAACUCCAUCACAAUCCAAUCGCCCGCCCCUUACUCCCCGUCAAACGCUACCGUUUUAUCCUUGAUCAAAACCCUUCCUUACAACAUCACUAUCCUGGCUGUUAAUUCUCUCCUUGUUCCCUAUGACUUCAAUCUAAUGGCUUCUGAUACGCGUCCUCCCCUCGGCCUCAACAUUACCAAAACCCUAAUCGAUGGCCACAAUUUCAACGUCGCUGCUUCAAUGUUAUUCGCUUCCGGCGUUGUUGAUGAAUUCGAAGCCGAUGAAGGCGGUGCGGGGAUCACUCUCUUUGUCCCCACCGACGUUGCUUUCGGCGAUCUGCCGGGCAACGUACAACUGCAGUCGCUUCCAGCUGAUAAGAAAUCUGUGGUUCUAAAAUUCCACGUGCUUCAUUCUUAUUACCCUCUGGGUUCACUGGAGUCGAUCGUGAACCCAGUUCAACCCACAUUAGCGACCGAAGAUAACGGUGCUGGUAGCUUCACUCUCAACAUUUCCAGAGUUAAUGGAUCUCUUGCUAUUGAUACGGGAAUCGUUCAAGCAUCGGUUACCCAAACGGUUUUCGAUCAAAAUCCCGUUGCCAUUUUCGGGGUUUCCAAGGUUUUGUUGCCUAGAGAGAUUUUUGGGAAAGCUUCGGCUGGGAUAACGACGAAGCCAGGGAAUGGGGUGGCGGUGGCAACGGUUCAGCCACCGGAAACAUCUCCAUCACCGGUGAAUGCACCUGGGUCAAGUGAUCCAGCUUCAAAUCUUUCAUCACCGUCGGGGUUUCAUGAAGAAAUAAAAUCGGACUCUGAGAGAUAUCAACUGCAGAGCUGCAUUGUUGCUCUUUGUUGUAUAGGAUUCUAUGUAGUGCUAUGAGCUUGAUCCUUGAAACUUGUUUUUUUACUCUAAAUUACAGAUUUUUUUUUUUUUUUGGGUUUUUUCUUUUACACAGUGUAUUGAAUAAAUGGCUACAAAAGAAGCCACUUUUUUCCUUACUGAAAAUUAAGAGAGAGAGUUGUAUGUCUUAAUAAUAAUAA